GCUCACGCCGGCCGGGGGCCGUGCCUGGUGGCCGGGGCCGUGCCUGGUGGCCGCGGCGCCCCGCGCAGCCGGGACAGGGUCUUGUUUACCCGACAGGUGCCACUGGAGCUCGGGCUGACUCCGCCGACCUUCCGAGCGCGUCCCGGCCGCGCUGCCGGCGCGAUGGGUUGGGUGGGGCUAGGCUGCGGGAGAGAGCAAUAGGGAAGGGGCUGCCAGCUGUGUCGAGAAUUGCUGUAGCUCUUUCUGUGGGCCGGUGCUGCUGGUUUGUGAGAAAAAAUACGUAAUUGCCAGAGAGAUGAUGCUGUGGUGCUGAACAUCUCUCUGGUGACGAAUGCUCCCGCUGCUCCUAGCUCCCUCAGUCGAUUUAUUGAUACAGAAACUUCUUGUUCUUAGGUUUGCUUUUCUGCAGUGAGCUCCUGGAAGUCUCCUGACAGUGAGAUUAAGGUGCCUUUUUCAGCUCAUCUUUCCAGAUGUUAAGCUUUCUCUGACUCUUCGGUUUCUCGUAGUUGAAAAAAAGUAUGUUUAUUUUCUUUCUGCAGCUAAGAUAUGUUAUUGAUACUACAUAAUUUGUUUAAUGGUUUUAAAGAGAGUGGUAGUAAAACUGAGCAUCCUGAAGCUAAAGUAGGUAGUAUUCAAUGGUCUUGUUUUUAACUAAAUCGGUGUGCCAUACACUGUCUGAAGAGAACAAGUAUUUUGCCCUUACAUUUGUACCUUUGUGUCUGUGUGUAUAUGUACAUGCCUCUGCAUAUGUGUGUAUACAUUUGUACAUACUUACAUGUCUACACACAUAUAAAUAUAUUUGUGUGUAUGUUUCUAUGUAAAAAAAAAAGGAAAUGUGUGAGUAUAUAUGGUUUUGGUCACAGAUGCCUCAGCACUGAAAUUAUUAUUCAGAAUGAAACACUUAUCUAAAACAGCAGACUAUUAUAUAAGUUAACUCAAUAUAAAUAGUAUUACUGUUUUUUUUCAUUAUAAACAGCUUAUAAGAGCUGUAGGCACUUCAUUUUGGCUCUGUGCAUUUAUUCUCAGGAAACUUGUCUGUGAUCUGCAGCAUGGGGAGUAACAGGUUGGAAUGUACCUCUCUGGGGAUUUUGUGGACCUCAGCCGUAUAAAUCACUCAUCUGAUACAAUUUAAACUGAUUCUAGCAGUGUUACAUCCUGGGGAAAUGCGUGUGAAGUUCACAUUGCCUUUUGUUGUUCUGUGUAGCAGCAAAUGCAAUUUCUGGAGAGGUUCCAAUGCGGAUCAGCCAAUUAAUAUUCACAUUUUGACUUUAAUGUUUUAGUCAGUCUGGUCAAACUUUGAAUUGGCAACACAAGUAUGUGGUAUUGCACCACUGUUUUGCCAUCACUACUGUUGCUAUCUGUGAAAGUAAGCAGAAGGGAGCUCUUGGACAAAUUCAAACAAAAAGGAAAAGAUUCAGCAGGCAAGGGCAGGUAGACUGGGAGGACUACAGAGAGAAUUUUUGAGCAGUCAGGGAUUAGGUCAGGAAGGCUAAAGUCCUGAUGGAAUUAAAUCCAGCCAGGGAUGUCAGGGGCAACAAGAAAAGCUUUAAUAGAUAUCUUGGUGAUAAAAGGAAGAUUAGGAGAAAUGUGGGCCCCCUCUGGAAGGAAACAGGAGACCUGGCUACCCAAGACGUGGAGAAGGCUGAGAUUUUUUUAUUUUUUCAAAUGGCAACAUUAAUUCACACUUUAGCGGAUCAUAGUGAUGAUGUCAAUUACUGUGCCUUCUCAUCAUCGUACUUGGCUACUUGUUCCUUGGACAAAACAAUUCGUGUUUAUUCUUUGAGCAACUUCGCGGAGCUCCCGUACUCGCCUUUGGAGGGCCACGCGUACGCCGUGCACUGCUGCUGCUUCUCGCCGUCGGGACUGGUGCUGGCCUCGUGCUCCACGGACGGCACCUCGGCGCUCUGGGACACCCGCGACGGCCGCAGGCUGGCCGUGCUGCAGCAGCCCGGCGCCAGCCCCGUCCGCGUCUGCCGCUUCUCGCCUGAGGCCGCCUAUCUGCUGGCAGGGGCAGCGGACGGCAGCGUGGUUCUUUGGAACGUGCAGUCCAUGAAACUCUACCGAUCUGGGAAUGUUAAAGGUGGUUCUUUGAUGGCUUGUGCAUUUUCUCCCAAUGGAAACUUCUUUGUCACUGGAUCAUCAAGUGGUGAUUUAACCAUUUGGGAUGAUAAAAUGAGAUGCCUGUAUAAUGAAAAAGCACAUGAUCUUGGCGUUACCUGCUGUGAUAUUUCUUCACAUCCAGUAUCUGAUAGUGAAAAUGGAUUCAAAUACUUCCAGAUGGCUUCCUGUGGACAAGAUAAUCAUAUCAAACUCUGGCUUAUUUUGUUUGCAGAUUUCUUAGGUGUUCAGUUAAAAUAUAAAUGCACACUGAAUGGGCACUCUGCCCCAGUUCUGGCUUGUGCAUUUUCAUGUGACGGACAGAUGAUAGCCUCGGGGUCUGUGGACAAGUGCGUCAUAAUCUAUGAAACUAGUACUGGCAAUACCCUUCAUACUUUGUCUCAGCAUACAAGUCCCUUACUUGCCACAGGCUCAAUGGAUAAAACUGUGCACAUAUGGCAGCUUGACCUUAAGCAACCCUGUGCAGGACGUACUGUAGAAAAUGAAUCAAAGGCAGCUGUUGAGGACUGGUCAGAGGAUGAUGUUUCAGCCUGGCUCUGUGCACAGAAUUUAGCAGACUUCGUUGAACUUUUCAAAAUUAAUAAUAUUGAUGGCAAGGAACUACUGAAUCUUACUAAGGAAAGUCUUGCUAAGGAAUUAAAAAUUGAGUCUCUAGGCCUGCGUAGUAAAGUUCUCCAGAAAAUUGAAGAACUGAGGAUGACAACAAUCUCAGUUUCUGUUCCUGAUGAGUUCCUAUGUCCUAUAACAAGAGAGCUUAUGAAAGAUCCUGUCAUUGCCACAGAUGGCUAUUCCUAUGAAAGGGAAGCAAUGGAAAAUUGGAUCAGCAAUAGACGAUCUAGUCCCAUGACGAAUCUUCCUCUCCACUCUCUUAUGCUCACACCAAACAGAACACUAAAAAUGGCCAUUAAUCGCUGGCUAGAGACUCAGCAGAAAUAGUUAAACCACUUAAUUUUGAAGUUGGUUGUUAAAAUUAAUUGAAAUUUUAUGCAGCUGGAGGAAUUAAUUGUAUCAGAAACAAAUGGAAAGAAAAACUUGUGCUUCUCUUCUAUCUGUGGCUGCUUCAACCUUCACUGGUGGAAACUCCCAGAACAACUUUAAGUUCCUGGUAAUUUUACUUUGUGGUAUUUCUGUUUAAGAAUCAAGUACUCAAAGUCAGUUUUUCAAAUAAAAUUUUCUUAUAAUUUUUACUACAUUUAUGAGUUUUGAGUCUUCAUCUUGCCAAGUCAGUCUUUCAGAAGGUAAGAAAUAGCAAAGUAUAUGAUCUGUAUUUCUUUUUCUACUCUAACAAACCAAAUUGUGUCUGUCUUUCUCUGUUCCUCAUUACUGGACACGUAGUUGGAAAAGCUGGGAGAGAGUUUCUCCUGUAACCAUCAGGGACUGCAUCAUAUCCCACAGGUAUAUUAAUAAUCUUUAUUUUGUAUGGAAAGAGUACAGUAGCUGUGCAAAAAUAGAACUACAGGACAAGACUAAUAUAGGACUUGUACAAAAUAUCAAAGAAACAGUAAACAAUAAAUAAGCUAAAGUAUAAUGAUACAAACUGCAAAAGGAUGUGUAGAGCUGGGUACAGCUGUUUACAAUGUACACAGAACACUGUAAUCAAGCAUGAUGGGAAGAGUAUAAAGCUGAGCACUCCAACUGAAUUGCACGCAUAGGAAUGUCACUGCAGCAGCUUGUUUUCAGCUUGUUCUUGCCAAUAAAAAUCCUCAUUUCCUUAAAAAAA